AGGGAAUAAUUUUAUUCGUUUAUUUCAGUGAUUUAAACGUGUGAUCAAACUACACUUAAAAAGUAUCAUUGAGCCAAGUUCGUGUUGAAAAUCCCCGUGGACAUUAUAGGGUCAUAAUGUACAACAAUCCCAAUUUUAUUGAUUGUAAUCGUCUCUCCAUUCUUGACCAGCCUUCCUCGCGGCCCCAGGUGAUCACUAUCCGACCUGGACCCAGCAGCUCGCUCAAGGAGAUCACAGUCAUAUCCGGCCCUAGACCUACACCUAGAAGACCCAGAGAGAUUACCCUCAUCUCCAAUAACAGCUUCGUCAAACUCCCCGAGGAACAGGAUCCGUUGUCUUGUCAUCCAUCUGAGGCUACGACAGUUGCCAAGAAGAUUCCACGGCCUCCCAACGCCUUCAUGAUCUUCGCCAAUGAUUGGAGGAAACGUCUUGCGUUGCAGAACCCUACCGAGAGCAAUAAGACUAUCAGCGUGAGACUGGGUCAGAUGUGGAAGAAUAUGACUAAAAGUGCCAAAGAAACUUAUUACCAAAGAUCAAAGCAGGCAGGUCAAGAUCACAAAUUAAAGUACCCUGGGUAUAUCUACAACCCCAAGGAGGCCAGGAUACGCAAGGCGCUGCGAGAACAGAGUAGAGUCCGCAACCCCAGCGUCGCACCUCCACGAUGGAACAAGCGUCUGUUAAUGAUUGUAUCGUGUUGCAGGGUAUAUAUACAACCCCAAGGAGGGUAUAUCUACAACCCCAAGGAGGCCAGGAUACGCAAGGCGCUGCGAGAACAGAGUAGAGUCCGCAACCCCAGCGUCGCACCUCCACGAUGGAACAAGCGGUAUAUCUACAACCCCAAGGAGGCCAGGAUACGCAAGGCGCUGCGAGAACAGAGUAGAGUCCGCAACCCCAGCGUCGCACCUACACGAUGGAACAAGCGCUAUAUCUACAACCCCAAGGAGGCCAGGAUACGCAAGGCGCUGCGAGAACAGAGUAGAGUCCGCAACCCCAGCGUCGCACCUCCACGAUGGAACAAGCGUCUGUUAAUGAUUGUAUCGUGUUGCAGGGUAUAUCUACAACCCCAAGGAGGCCAGGCAGGAUACGCAAGGCGCUGCGAGAACAGAGUAGAGUCUGCAAUCCCAGCGUCGCACCUCCACGAUGGAACAAGCGUCUGGUAUAUCUACAACCCCAAGGAGGCCAGGAUACGCAAGGCGCUGCGAGAACAGAGUAGAGUCCGCAACCCCAGCGUCGCACCUCCACGAUGGAACAAGCGUCUGUUAAUCAUGAAUCGCCAAUCUUUCGUCUCGCCUGUUUUGUUACCACAACAGUCCCACGUCACAGAAGACUCUAAAGCCAUGUUGCACGAGCAAGUAGAUAGAGAACAUCAACAUACCAUGCUGCAGAGUUACCCAGACUAUGUGGAUCUUCCCUACAAUGUUCCGUCCACUGACUACUCCUUGGACAACCACAACUGGUACCCCGCCACUUACACCCAGCCUGCUAGUCAAUCCGAUGGAGACUACAUGAGCAGAACACCAGACAGCAAGCUGAACAUUGACUGGUCUACUCGCUACAACUCGGAGCAAGGGAACUUCAUUCGGGCCUCACCUCAGAGUUCACCUUACACCAUACAAAACCCUACUGAGGUCAACAGUCUGAUGCUGAAUGGAGACAGUAAUCAUCAGGAGCAGAUGACAACUCAGUGUGAUGCAAACUGUAUGUUGGACCACAAGCCUGUCAUGGACCCCAUCAUCUCUCAGAAUGGAACAUCUACAGGUCUUAUCAAGGUAGGUGCAGGACAUCACUAA